AAAUUGAAGUUGUUUCUCUUUGGAAGAGUCUGAAAAGUCAUGGCUAAAAGCGCUUUGGAAUCCUUAAACAAUGGUUUUGGACCGAUAUCCAAUCUUCGCUCAAAAAGAUGGAGAAAAAUAGCUUCAGUUGCAGUUAUUUUGUUAUUCUACAUUUGUUACGGUGUCAACAAAAUCCUGACGACAAGUGUUUCAUUAACCAGAGCUUUUGAUCUAGAAGAUCUUGUUAUCGGUUGUGGUGUACUGUCCGCAGCCAUGUUUGGUGAAAUAAUUCGACGGCUUUGUUUAUAUGCUGAAGAAUGCCAUCACUCUGAUACUAGAUAUAUGGGAUCAAAAAGAAAAGCUUUAGAAGCCUGUCUUUGUUUAUCAAAACUACCUAAGCUUACUUUAAUGUUGUUUACGUUAGCAACGUCGGUUAUAAUGUAUUCUUGGAUAUCGCAUGAUAAACCUGCAAGCACUUAUCCGCUUCAAUUGUACCUAAUAACCGCCAUACUGGGCUCCGUAUGUACUGAUCUAUUAAGCGUAAAGCCACCAACCAAAGUUGAAAUUUCAGAUUUGAAUGAAUCCCAAAAUAAACACGUUUCAGACGGUUUAGCUUGGAGCUAUUACUUUGGUUACUUGAAGCUAAUUCUACCAAGAUGGGAUGGAAUUUUUGAACGGGCUAGAGGAGAAGGAUUUCAAAUUGAGAGCGAUGAGGCCGACGAAGAAGGCGAGAAAACUGAUAUCCGUGAUUUGAUUACAGAUCAAAGAUUGUUUAUCUUUUUACCUAAGGAUGGCUAUUGUUACGACCCAUUUGAAAAAGUGGACAAAAGAAUCAAGUUCAUCCAAACCAUGCCAGACCAAAAGAUCGCCCGUGGAGGAGUACAGGAAAGAAUCUACAAGAAUAGCUUGUACCGAAUCAGCAUGGAGGAUGGCAGAAAGAUGUAUGUUAUGAUGGAAUACGCUACUCCUUUGCUGUCCAUGUAUGAUAUGUCGAUGGAGAGCCGGGCAGCCUUCAGCGAGGAAAACAGAGAAGAGCAAGUUGUGGAGUUUUAUUCAAAGUUGAAAGAGAUCCUUGAUCAUGACAGCGAAUGCAAAGGAAAGUUUAAACUAGUCUUGACCUCUCGCGGUGCUACUAAAGAUAAACCAAAGCUUGCCGACAUGAUUUUAGAAGCGAUAUCAGAAGUAACAGAAGUCAGUGCUGAGUAAUGCUUACUUUUGGAAGUAUUGAUCAUGUAAAUAAAACGAAACAAGGAUAAAAUUAAUAACUUCAAAAUAUUGAAAACUUGAACUAAGAAAGAGCUUUACAAAAAAUAAUUUAAGAAUUUUUUGUUUUUGUUUACACACCUUUUGUUUAACAAAAGAGCUGUUGUUUUUAACGUGAAAUCUCAGCCUGAUAUUCUUAUAAGCAUAUUCUUAUAAAUAAGAGCUUGUAGAACUUUUUGUGCCAUAUUGAUAUUGUACAAUAUAAGGUUUAAUUUUUGCUUUGAGGUGCAAAAUGUAUUUCGAGGAUGUCCACCGUCUUGAAUAUUAACAUUAAGCUACAAGUAUGUUAUUACGAGUGCAAAUGGUUUUCAAGAAUGAAAUGGGGAUAUUUUAAACAAUUUAACCAACUGAAAUCGUGACCUGUAUAUAUUUUGUAUAGUUUUAUAAAGCUAGCAAUGAAGGAAAAGAUACUAUAAAAAAAGUUUUAUAUCUGGUAA